AAUACACCAUUAACAUCAUACUUUCAUUCCUUCAUCCAAAUCUACAUAGUUCAUCUCUCUUUCUUCAAAAGCAUCUCCACUAUGGCCGGAGGGAAGAAGACGAAGGCUUCCAAGAAGAAAAGCACCGUCGAAGCCUCAAGCUCUGCGCCUAAACCAUUCCCCUAUCUCGAUGGAUCCUUCUUGGAGUUCGGGUCGGAGGAGGAACUCACCCGGUUCCUCACGCACUUUGCCAAGCGUCCUAUUUCUCCGCCCAGGGUGCUGCCCGAGUUAUACCCUCAACAAAAGGGGUACCACGACCUCGACAAUCAGCUUCAAGCGUCGGGUCUGUGGUCGUUCGUCUCCAGGAGCCGUCAGUCCUACAAUCCUGCCUUUGUCCGGGCCUUCUACUCCAAUCUCCACCGUGACGGGGACACCAUCCGCAGCAGCAUCAAUCUCUACGACAUAGAGAUUGAUUUGCCUACCUUUGCUCGGGUCGCAGGGCUGCCCAUCCGCGGUGACGACAUCGCGACAUAUGGUGGCGACGAUUGGAUCCUCAACAACGAGGCGGUCGUCAUUCGUGAGCUUGGGAUCACCAACUUGAUCCGCCACAGCGGCGCGCCGACGAUUCACUCAGCCCCACCGGACAAGCGCCUCCUCCUCUACAUCAUCACCCGGAUUCUUCGCCCCCGGGACAGCAGCCAUACCUCGCUCUUCAACGAGGAUUUGAAGGGGAUUCAUGCAAUCAUCCACGGUGCCUCCAUCAAUUGGGCAAAAUUUGUCAUGAUACACAUGGCGGAUUGCGCUUCACUCGCCACCGAGCGGAGCUUGCCGUACGCCUUCCUCAUCAUGGACAUCAUCGUCUCCGCCGAUAUCCACAUCGCCAGGCCAGACACGAAGAUGACGAAGCUUUGGAUGAUCGCCGACAGCACCUUCCGGAAGAAGUUCGGAAACAGAGACGGCGUAGGCCCAAGUCGUGCACCAGCCCCCGCUCCCGCCAAGGCCUUUUUGCAAUCCAUAGCCGAUACCCUGAAUCGGCUAACCCUCACAGUGGAUGGCAUGGGGCAGUCAAUCGAGCGGAUGGACUGGACAUUGCAACGCCAACACCACGACAUGAUGGCAUACUUCCGUGGCAUCAACUACGUUCCGCCACCUUUCGACAGCACCAUUCUCGGCCAAAACUUUGAAGGCGAGGAUGAGGACGACGACUCCUACGCUCCGUCCUCCUCCCCCAACAAGGCCGACUUUGAAGAUGCGGUCGACGGCAAUCCCAUGGACGCCGAGGAUGACGACGAGGACGCCGACGCCGACUCCUAGAAUCUUCUUUCUUUUAAUAUGAUUGUAUUUUUUUAGAAGAAGAACCCAUGAUCGCUUUACUCUCAAAUGGUUAAGUUUGGACGCGAGUUAGGCUCUGAUACC